CGGCAGCAGUGGUGGCAGGUGGCAUGGACGACAUCAUCGGGCGCAUGUCCAACAAGACGCGGGACGACCCGCCGGACGAGGAGCGCAACAGCGGUGGAGGCGGCGGCGGCGGCGGCGGGUACGGCGGCCAGGGCGGCGGCGGCGGCGCCUCCGACAUCCUGGGUGGCAUCAUGGGCAUGAUCGGCGGCGGCGGCGGCGGAGGAGGCGGCGGCGCGGCGCCCGCCCAUCCCUCCAUGAAGCACGGCGGCAAGGGUGUGGGCGGUGUCAACAUGGGAUCCCUCAUCCAGUCGGCGUUCGGCAACGCUCUGGGUGGCGGCGGCGGCGGCGGAGGUGGCGGCGGCGCCGCAGGCCUCCUGCAGGGCCUCAUCUCGGGCGCUGUCAGCGGCGCUGGCGGCGGCCACGGCCAGGGCGGCGGCAAUGCCGCCAGCGGUAACCUCCUGGGCACCAUCAUCGGCGCCCUCUCGGGCGGCAAGAACAUGGGUAACCAGUCGGACGUCACCAAGGGUGGCAACGCCAUGGGCGACAUGUUCAAGACGGCGGUGGGACACACGCUGAACUCCAAUCCCGGCUCGGGCGGCAUCGGCAUCAUCGGAGACCUGGUGAAGAAGGCCAUCGGCUGGAUCGUGGAGAAGUUCUUCAACCUCAAGGGGAAGUACGCCCUGAAGUCACGUCGCGGCGACGCCUUCAACCCGGCCGCCACCGUCUUCAAUGCUCUGGCGCUGCGAGACGAGCAGUGCGCGCCCCAGGCGGCCGUGGUACCGGCGGUGACGACGAUGAGCACGGGCGCCGAGCUGCAGCACGUGGUGGUGGAGGACGCGUCGCCCGGCCGGCUGGCGGUGCCCGAGCCCGGUCGCGACGGCAGCGACGAUGAUGCGCCGCGCGCCGGCCGGUCGUCGCCGGCGUCGUCGCGGUCGCAUCUGACGCCGUCACCGGGCGGCUCCCCGGCGCCGUACAAGCGCAAAGUCAGCCCAGCACCGGCGGAGAAUGCCCGGUACCGGCCACGCGGGGCCGGCGCGCAGCCGCCCGCCCGCAAGAUGUCGCUCAUGGAAGUGGAGGCGUUGCGUGACAAGAAGCGACUCAGCCACCUGAAGGAGCUGGAGCGGCUGCUGAAGGAGGGCCUGACCGGCUCCUCAAGCACGUUCUCUGCCGACGACUUCAUCAGAACCCUGGUGUCCACGGAGGUAGCGGCUCACCUCUUCGGCCUGUUUGAUGUGGACGGCGCCGGGUACUAUGACCAGGACGAGUGGAUCGAGUUUCUGAAGGGCAGGACUAAGACAGCCCAUCAGCGGGAGCUGGUGGAGGUGUUGGAAACAGCCGCCUACCUGGUGUGCGGCUACAAUGAAGUGAAUCUCGAGCGAUUCACGAGCAUACUGCAGGCCAAAGGCGUUUCCACGAAAUUUUUCCGCAUUCUUCAAGAGAAGACCAACCACCACGUCACCGUGGCGGGGGCGAUGGACUUCAUCGCCAACCUGAGCAACGCCAGGUAAGGCGGCAGGCGCUCUGCAACAUGCCAUUGAAAGAACGGGUUACUUUAAAGAAGGCAGCGAACCUGACCCGAAGUCUUCUCAAAAGCGAGGCGUACAUGCGUCGAUUGGCAGACAAAUGUAUAAUGUGUAAGUCAAGGAUGAAUCCGUUGGCACGCACGUUUCAGCUGGUUUUUGCUCCUCUUGACACGUACACAGGUUGCACUUCAGCACAUGAAGAAGGUACCUAUGAAUGGUCAAGGCUAUAGAAACAAUCCAAACACCGCGAUGGAGCGCUGCCAAGGUGGAGAAACGCCGUGCAUAGCUACUGCCACCAGUGGCGGAUCCAUAGGACGCGGGUCCAUGAGGACAUACUCCCCCUAGGCCCCGGAGGUGCCCUUAGGCUCCGAAGAGGCCCGACUGUCGCCCGAACAGACGCGGUUUUUUAAACCCAAACCGCGCCCAAUUGGACGUCCGUGGGCCCCAAGCGACCAAAAACAGUCGAUGCGGGAGUGAAGGACACACGAACAUAUACAAAAAGUCAUUCGCUGGUUUGAGAGGGUGGCGAUUUUGAAGAUUUUGAUGCUCAUGUAGUUGUCCAAAGGCCUUACGCUGUUGCCGGGGGCCCUAUACGUCCACUGUAGGGUCAAUUCGAUCGCUGAAAAGCCUUCCACGUUGUCCUUGAUUUCUUUGCAUUUACUCGGAGGGCCCUACGCUGUUUUCGGUGCCCUAUCUGUUAUCAUGCUGGGGCACUCUUGGUGAUCAGGGGCCCUCCACGGAUUCUCCCCAUUCGCCCGAAAGGCCCAUAAGCUAUAGCCGGGGGUCCCAUAUGUUAAUCUGCAGGGGCACUCCCGGCUGCUCUGUGCCUGGGGGCCCCUCACAUUGUUCUCAGUUAGCCUACCGACAUGACUGCGAUAUGCUCAUUGGUCUUUUACAUUGGUCUAGGGCCGUUCCAAUUUUCUGUUACAUGCGGACGGUCCCAAGCUUUUGUCGGGAGCCCAUCUGUUAACCUGCCCUGGUAUACUUGACCGCUUGGGAACACUCCACCUUGGGUCUUAGGUACUUUUAAUUUGCUAGGAAGGCCCUACGCUCUUGCAGAUGGCCCACCCGUUGAGGUGUGCGGGUCCACUCAAUCGUUCGGCGGCCCAAGACACUCGGUCUAGGUAUUCCUAUUGACUUUUUGAGAGUGCUACGUCUUUGUCGGGGACCCCAUAUAUUAACCUGCCCGGGUAUUCUCGGCUGCUCGGAUUCUUUUCACUUGCCCGGUGAGCCUUAUGCUGUUGCUGAGGCUUUCAGAAGUUAACGCACCGAGGGACUCUGGGGUCUGCUACAUUAACUCAGGAGCUUUCCAGGUGAUCUCGUCUGCGCACGACCCUUCACUCUUGUCGGGGCACUCUGUUAAUCUGCCCGGGCACUCUUGAUCGCACAAGGGCCCGCUACAAGGGCACUUAUUCAUGCGCACUGGUCUUGGGCCAUUCCCGUUUGUUUAGAGGACCUGCGCUAUGUUCGGGGCCCCUACAUGUCAACCUGCCGGGGCACUCCCGAUCGUUGAGGGGCCCACCGCAUCGGUCGUGGUGUUUUCAUCGAUUGCUCUGAUGACCUUACACUGCUGACGAAAGCGUCUUUGUUGGCCUGCCGCGGCACCUUCGGUCGCUCAAUCGCCGUUCCUAUCGGUCUUGGGUUUUCCCCGUCUUAUGGGAAAGGAAUCAAGUACUUGAAG